AGUCGGAGGAGAGGGCGAGAGAGAGAGAGAGAGGGAGAGAGUCUAUUUACGGCAAGAAAAAGCGAAGCUGGUAUAAACCAGGGGGAGGCCUUUCCUUCUUCACCCUGCGUGAACUGUAAAACGCAGGUGAAGACAGGGAUUGAGACGGAGCUACGGGGCUGUGCGGGGGCUGCUUUCACCUGAACACUCGGCGGUGAGGGAGGAGCGGAGGACACGCCAGAGGAGAGAGACAGAGGAGAGAGAGAGAGAGAGAGAGGGAGAGAGGGGGUGCAGAAGAUGCUGUGAUCCGCUGCUGAGCACUCGCAGGGAUGUAGAGUGGGAGAGACGGGGAGAGGCAGGGAAGGGGGAGGACCGCACCGCGUUGAAAAUGGCAGUUUUGAGGGGAAUAUGCCUUUCGCCCCGACAUAACGUGGCGGAUGAAUGUGAACGUUUGGCGACGCCCGGAAGCUUGAGGAGGUGCGGGUUUUGCUGACAGGCCGCUCGCUGCUCGGCUAAACCGGAGCUAGCCCCCCGCUGCUGUGGCUAACAUAGCAUGUUGUUGCACCUGUGAAAUAGGCCUGACACACACGCACGCACGCACGCACACACACACACACACACAUAGAAUACAUUAGAGAUGUAAACUACAGUGCUAACAUCUGUGUGGCGUAUGUGACGUUUAGCUGCGAGACUCAAGCACCAAAUGACAUUAAUUUAGUCAGAAAGUGUUGAAAAACCUGCUUGUUUCAUAGAGUAUAUAACGUUAACUUUAUUCUCUUCGUUAUGUGUCAUAUAUAUGUAUAUAUCUAUGUACAUAGAUAUAUAUAGUUAACGUCAUACAUGUAACGAGGUGCAAGUUAUGCUAAUAAGCUAAUGUACAAAGGUAAAAGUCAUUAGUCAUGUGUAUCUUUAGGGUAGCGCUCAGUAUUUAAGACUUAAAUAAAUCAGCCAGGUCACUCAGUGUCAUCACUUUCUCCUCUGUACUCUAUCCACUAGUAUGUCAGCUUCCUUUACUAACAGCAUCGUACGUGUAAACACAGAUAUUGAGAUGAAGAUUGCUCAUAUACCGUCCACACAUUUCAAAUCAUCUCUCCCUUUAACUUCAUAGCAGCACUGGAAAUGAUUUAAGUUGAGCACCAUCUUGUAUCUUGCACAAUAAGAAGCUGUGUAAUAGAGUAACUGCAAUAAAUCUAAUAAAUAUCAGCCUCCUGUCAGAGCAGCAUGAGUAAGGAACUGUCUCUCAGUCAGUCAGCUCAAUAUGUUGGGCCAUAUCGACUGGAAAAGACACUGGGGAAGGGACAGACAGGACUGGUCAAGCUGGGGGUCCACUGUAUCACAGGUCAGAAGGUCGCAAUCAAGAUAGUCAACAGAGAGAAGCUGUCCGAGUCUGUCUUGAUGAAGGUUGAGAGGGAGAUUGCCAUUCUGAAGCUGAUUGAACAUCCGCAUGUGUUGAAGCUGCAUGAUGUUUACGAGAAUAACAAAUAUCUGUACCUGGUGUUGGAGCAUGUGUCAGGAGGAGAGCUCUUCGACUACCUGGUGAAGAAGGGCAGACUGACCCCAAAAGAGGCCAGAAAGUUCUUCAGGCAGAUCAUCUCAGCUUUGGAUUUCUGCCACAGUCAUUCUAUCUGUCACAGAGACCUAAAGCCUGAGAACUUGCUCCUGGAUGAAAAGAAUAACAUCCGAAUCGCUGACUUUGGCAUGGCCUCCCUGCAGGUGGGAGACAGUCUGUUAGAGACCAGCUGUGGAUCUCCACAUUAUGCGUGUCCUGAAGUCAUACGGGGGGAGAAAUAUGAUGGGCGGAGAGCAGACGUGUGGAGCUGUGGGGUCAUCCUGUUUGCUCUGUUGGUGGGUGCCCUGCCUUUUGACCACGAUAAUUUACGCCAGCUCCUGGAGAAGGUGAAAAGCGGAGUGUUCCACAUGCCCCACUUCAUUCCCCCAGACUGCCAGUCUCUGCUCAAGGGCAUGAUUGAGGUCAACCCUGAGAAGAGGCUCACGCUAGAGGCCAUCCAGAAACAUGCCUGGUACCAGGGUGGCCGCAACGAGCCUUGUCCAGAGCAGCCUCCUCCCAGGCGAGUGUGCGUGAAGCGAAUCUCUUCCCUGACCGAACUGGACCCAGAUGUGCUGGACAGCAUGCACUCGCUGGGCUGUUUCAGAGACCGAGUCAAGCUCACCCGAGACCUGCAGUGUGAAGAGGAAAACCAGGAGAAGAUGAUUUAUUAUUUGUUGCUGGACAGAAAAGAGCGCUACCCAAGCUAUGAGGAUGAGGACCUACCUCCGCGCAAUGACGUAGCAGACCCUCCGAGAAAGCGUGUUGACUCUCCGAUGCUGACACGCCACGGCCGCUGCCGUCCCGAGAGGAAAAGCCUGGAGGUGCUGAGUGUGACUGAACAGGGGUCUCCCACCCCGCCUCGCAGGACCCUGGAUACAGCUGCACACAGCCAAAGGUCUCGCUCAGUGAGUGGAGCUUCCACUGGUCUCUCCUCCAGCCCGCUCAGCAGCCCCCGGUCCUAUCAGAGCCCCAUCUUCACUUUCAGCCAAUCAGACGUCACCUGUGCCACCGCAACCCCCCUCACAAAGGAGGGGCCUAAACAGGGAAGCAUCACAACUCCUCGCUCAGCACGGGCUCAUGACAAGCCCAAAGCUCCCCCCAACCCAAAGACCCAGACCCUGCCCAUCAAGGGACCCAUCGAGCGGCCCCACCUGCAGCCCAUCAAAUCCCUCCCUCUGCACAACCCAUCCUCCCGCUCCCCCUCUCCCUCUCCGCUCCUGUCACCCAUCCCUCGUUUCUUCUUUCCUUCGUCCUCUGUCCUAAAAUCAGUGACUAAGAGCUUCUACCCAAACUCUGCCCACUCUGUGCCGCAGGUCACUCCCCAGGGCUCUCCGUUGCCCACACCCUUGGGCACCCCUGUCCACCACCCUCACCACCCCUCCUCCACCCCGCCCUCCUCUUCCUCGUCCUCGUCCUCCUCGCGGGCGGAGGGAGGGGGAGGGGUGGGUUCGUUGUCGCUGACCCCGCCCUCCAGUCCAGGAGGGGGAAGCGGCAUGGCAGCCAGCAGCUCUGCCCACUGGAGGACUCGCCUCAAUUCUUUCAAGAACAACCUGUUGGGCUCGCCCCGUUUCCAUCGUCGCAAGCUGCAGGUUCCUACAUCAGAAGACAUGUCCAGUCUAACGCCAGAAUCCAGCCCAGAAUUGGCCAAGAAAUCAUGGUUUGGAAACUUCAUUGGUUUAGAGAAAGAGGAGCAGAUCUUUGUGGUCAUCAGAGACAAACCUCUGAGCUCAGUUAAGGCCGACAUUGUGCACGCCUUCCUGUCUAUCCCGUCACUCAGCCACAGUGUCAUCUCCCAGACCAGCUUCCGGGCCGAGUACAAGUCCUCCGGCGGCCCCUCCGUCUUCCAGAAGCCUGUCAAGUUCCAGGUGGACAUUGCUUUCUCAGAGGGCGAGAGGGAGCGAGACAGGGAGAGAGGCGAGAGGGAGGGAAGGAGGGAGAGCGGACUCUACAGCGUGACAUUCUCCCUCAUAUCAGGCCCCAGUCGCAGGUUCAGACGAGUGGUGGAGACGAUUCAAGCUCAGCUUCUCAGCUCUCAUGAUCAACCCAUGGUGCCAGGCCUAUCUGAUCCCUUCCCAGAUGAGAAGAAUAGCCGGCCCCACGGCACCCCCACCCGCCAAAACUCGAGGCGCUCCGAGGGUGGGGGCGACAGGUGUGAGUGGGGCGACCGCGCCGAUGGUGCAGGCAUAGGAGGCAGCGGGGGAGUCCUGCAGCGCAGAGGCUCGGCCAAAGAGAGAACCCGACUGCUGUCCUCCAACGGAACCCAGUCCCAACCGUAGGAUGUAGAGUGAAACCACUCAGCGAGAUUGCUGGAACUACUGCAGACAGAAGACAGUAAAGAGUCAAUCUCAGCAUAUCCCCGGCUAUUAUUCCUUGACUAAGUUAAUGAAUGUGCUUGACCAUAGCAAGGAUUGAGCCUCCUCCACAUUGUGUUUCUUUACAACUCCUCAUUCUCUCCUCAGUCUUUUUGGAUUACCGGGAUUCCUUCCCUUAAAUGAGAAACAAGUUAGGGAAUCGCCCUUGAAUGGAAAAAAAAAACUAUGUUUGGUAUCUGUCAUAGAUGUUUACAGAUCCAACCAGGACUUUUGAAGUGCUAAUGUGCAUGCUGGUUAGCAAAUCAGCCUGCUAAAGGAUGCUGACCAGAUGAUCAGAUAGGCUAGUCUACCAUAGCAUUCUAACACAGUAUCUGACUCCAAAAACAAGUCAUAGUCCUUUGAUGGUGUGCCCAUGUCACUGUCAAGCAACCAGUCCAUAGUCAAAGACAUAUAGAUAAGCCCUCAACGUUAGCAUUCUGCUAACGCUUUGAUUCUCUCAGGAGAAAACCACACGUGUAGAGUCCCAGCACUGUCUUCUCCCGAGGUCAAGAGAAACCAACACAGUAAGCUAAGUUAAGUUGAAUGUGAAAUAAAUAUUUUUUUAUUUUGUUCUCAUUUAUGUUUACAUCAUAU